UUGAAUUAGUUAUAAUCUUAGUUUUUUUUUAUUCCAACAUUUUGUAUAAUAUUGUAUUUAGUGUAAACUCAAAAUUACUAUAAUAUCAGCUACUGACAGUCUUAGAAAUUAACAAGAGUUUCAAAUAUGGUUCACGAAGAUGGACCUCACACCAGCUAUGAAGAACGCAGUAAGAAAAGAUUGCAUGUUCUCUAUACAAAACAAACUGAAGAAAGACAAAGUUUUAUGCACGAUCUACACAAUGUACGGAAAUAUAAUACGAAGCGCAUGUUGAAACUCAUCAAAGAUGCUGUUGGACCCAAAUGGUAUCACACUUUAAGUGUUCCUCAACAAUUAUCUCUUGAUAAGUUAGAGUUCUCUAUUUACCAAGAUCUACUGGAAGGCCGGCCUGUCCGUACAGCAGCCGUUAUCCGUGAGCUUGGAAUAUUCCCUGGACCAGAUGAGGAAGAUCUCAUGAGUUGCGUGUACUUAGGGAGAGAUGAUCCAAAAGAAAUGCUUGCUCAACUAUUUUUAGUAAGCUACGGGCACACUAUUGAUGGAAAACAAUUGAGUUACUGUCUCAACGCAAAAUUGAUGCUAUCAGGUAUACUUUACUUAGGAAUGGAUAAUCUUCUUGAUAUGUUAAAGCAACGAUUUAAAGCUGAACCCGAAAAGAAAACUAAAGAUCGUGCACCGAAGGCGCCACCUCAGUCGCCGUUGAAGUCACCUUAUUUGCAAGACAUGGUUGCAGCUUUAUACUUGCCGCCUAGGAAAAAGCCUUUCCAACCUCCUCCCUUGCCAAAUUUGGAUGACCUGAAUGAACCUUUCGAAGAAGAACCUCCGAUACCCAAGCCCCCACCACCGCCUCCUCCACCACCUCCUCCAAAAAAGAGAUUACCAAUAUCAUAUUGUGAAAAGUUAGCUGGCAUCACGGAUAUACGACCCAAAUCUCAGAUAAGUCCUCUGAUAAUGCAACGCCCCACCAAUACACGCUUAGCUCGAUCCCGAACUGCUAAGAUGAGUGAGCCUGAAGUUAAAAAAACUUAUGGUAUUGGUAUCCCCCCACCGAACAGAAAUAACAGAAGGAAAAAGCUCAAACCACCGCAAACUGGUAUUUGGAAUGCGCAAUAUACAAUUACUGGGGUUUAUAAAAUUCAGGGAAAGUCUGUUUUUGUUUUGGGUAAUGUAUCCAUUCUUCCACCACUGGGUGAGUUGAUCCACGGUGGAUUUAGGUUGCUUAAUGGUGAGUACGUUAAUAUUCACUGUGGUUUCCGGGGUCUGUCUCCACCACCAAAGCCUGACCCAUGUGAUUGCGUGAAGCGUUGGCAAACUUCUGUUUUUAAAUACCUAAAAGAAACGAAAUGUCAAUGUGGCCAUUAUUAUGAUUACGGCAAUGAAGGAACCUUCCCUCCCGAAGAAUUGCCUUUAUUCGAGAAACCAACAAAGUUCUUGCCGUUCAAAUUUAAUUAUCAAACAAUUUACAACAUUGAUGAGAAAGAGCUUCUAGUACAAAAAGAGUUUAAAAGAAUUUGGGAAACAGACAGCGCACUUCACGUACCAGAUCCGAACGCUCCAAAAAAAGAUAAAAAGAAAAAAAGGUCAUCAGCGACAUGUUUGGGCCAAAAACCAAAGCCAGAAGAUUAUUUAAAAUGUGCGCUACGGUGGAUGAGGCGCGCAAAUGUCGCUGCUAGAUUGCCCGACGUACAGCUAGUACCAGAAUUAAAAGAAUGGAUGAGAAAGAGAAUCUAUGGACCAUAUAGUGAUUUUGAAAAGAAGGAAAUGCUCAGGAAAAGCAAUCAUUUCUGGCAAAUGUUUUUAACACUCGCGGCCAAUGGGUUCGGGCAUGUAGACCCACCGCAGGUUUCAAUGUUCUCUGGUCAUACAACGUGGAUUUAUAAGCAAAAACUUAAUGACAAGUUUCGCACGUACACAAAAAGAUACAGGCUAAGCCUCUUCAGAUCGCUUGCGGAUGUAAACAAUAUAUUUUGGCGCACAAUGUUUCAAGCUCAGUUUCCAGACAAAAAAUUUCGGGAAAUAUAUUUCUCGUACUUAUUUGGCCGCAUGGAAGACUUACAAUUAAUGCAUCCAUACAGUUCAAGAGAAACGAUGGAACGAGCGUUAACAGUCGCUAGAAACAGAUAUAUUUGCUUGCCACCGGGAGCCGAAUAUGUGGAAAAAUAAAUUUUCGUAAAUACCAUAGAAUGUAAAAAAACCACCAUAAACCAUCCCAGUUUUUUA